ACCAAUCAGCUCUUGAUCCAUGCAGAUAACAAGUACAAACCAACAUAAGAGCAGCGUUCAACAGGAGUUUGUUAUGUUUUCUUGGUAAUAUGCCGAGUGUGUUAAUGGAUAGUUCGAGGACACUGGUAUUGUUUCUAAUGGUUUCACUAUGCCGAGGAGACCUGUGCACCGACAGCAAAACCAAGUUCCAGUCCACUUUUCCUGCAAUGAAAGAGUUUAGCGAAGAUGGAAUAGGCGUGGAAUGUUUCUCUGACUUAAAACAAUGUACGGAGAAAAGUCUGGAGGCAAGGUAUGGGACCACUAUGAAGGUUAAUGACCUGGACGCACCGAAACCACAUAAUUUUGCCAUCACGCCCUUUUGUAAUGGCGAUAAACCAGGCAUCAACGUAACAUGGAGAUUGCCAAAUAAUGCUGGCGCCAAGUCCAUGAAAGCAUUCAUCGUUCGAAUAGAGGUGCCCCGUCAUGAGUAUAGAUGUGUGGUCGUUUCAUUGAAAGGAGAAGUGAACCUAAGUAACGCCAAUUCUGAGUUUCUUGGCAGUUUCAUGGAUUUAAACUACAAUCAGAACUUCCAUGUGUCAAUAAGGAGUCUACCCUCGCAAAAUGGAACACAUUCAUUGGCCUUGGUCACACGCACCACAGACUGUGGCUUGCCCGAUGGCACAGACAGGUGGUGCCCACCGUUGGAGAGCUUCCAUACCGAGUACGACUACGCCAACAGGACGCUGUUUUUAUCAUUCCAGCAGGCAGAGUUCGGGAACCUCGAAUUCGUAAUUUUUGAAACGAAAGUAACAGACUAUGCGGUUUCCAAAACACUGGUGAAUACGACAAGUGUCGUCUUUCAUGGUUUUGAACCAGGAAAUUACAGCUUUACAAUAACUGGUAGGGAUCCCCUGGAGGACGAUAGUAGCAGAUGUCUUUGCAAGAACAAGUACGGUAGAUGUUCGGCAUGCCAAAUGUGCAAGGACUAUAUCGCAAUAGCAGCAGCAACCUCCCGCGGAAAUGAUACAAGUACAGAGGUUUCGACUUCGCAGACAGCGUCUGCCUCUGCAGAAACAUCACGGACAGCAGCAAGUUCUGGUGUUGGGAAUAAGAAAGACAAUAUGAGCGCGGUUCUUGCUGUCGUCUGUACGUGUACAGUAGUGGCCCUGGUAGCGAUAGUAGCUGUCACAUGGUUGUGUCAUCGGAGGCGUAGAACAGUUUCUUCUCACGUCGAGGGGGGAAAAAAUGAAUGUGCAGGUUCAACACAUGUUUGUGACCGGUACAUCAUAAUGAUCAUUGAGAAGACAAAAUCUCCUCUAACAGAAGCAGUUAAAGAACACAUCUUAAAACACUGCAACCCUGACAUGAAGGUGAUUCAUACAAUCGGUGUGAACGAGUUGAAGAUCACUAUAAGAAAUCUAAGUUGUAACGUCGAUAGAACCGUGUAUACUGCAAGGGUAAAGGAUACCGUAAACUUGGGUGUUAAGGAUGUUGAAGUAUUUGGUCUCGUUUUUGCUAAAGAAGACUUAUCAAUCUUCUAUGCGGACGUUCUCAGGCAUUUUCAGGACGCAACAUUCAAAAACAAUUGGUUGAAAUAUAAAACGGCAGCUGUCUUCAGAGAUUCCUGCGAUGGUCUACCGAAAGAUGCUUGCUAUAGAUUGGACAAAGACAAUAGUUUAUUGCUUAAGGAUAUCUAUGAUUAUUUUAACAAAACGCCAGAUUUACAGUCAUUUGAGGAAACUCAUUUUGUCGAUUUAACGUCGGAAACACCUUCCGCUCCUAACGCUAAAUGUCACAAAGAAAGUUUGGUAUCUAACGCUUCUUCGAACGUCUUUAGUGAUAAUUCGACUUAUGUGCACACACAAAAGUGCCGCCCGCGGUGUACCUCUCAAGAUUCAGCCAAUGGUAGAAGUGUUUCAUGCAGCGAAGUGUCUUUCAGUCCUUAUGUCAAAGAGCACAUUUUUUACACAGGAGAAGAUGAAAAGCAUUGCUGUUUAACAGUGCCACUCAAAGACGUUCACUGUUACACAAACAGUGUUUUAGACAAAUUGGAAUUUAUAGAGCCAGAUGAAGAUGGGUUAUCAGAUUCAGAAACUGACGACGACCCAGAUGGCUGGUCAGAAACAGACAAUCUAAUUGCACGAGAAGAUACCACGGAGACCGGCAAUUCAACGAGUAAUGGAGACUGGAAACAUUUUGUAAAAAAAAUAAACUCAAUUCAAAACAGAAUGGCUGAAUUGAAUAAAAGAAAUUUAUUCAUUUGAGAGAUUUACUGUCAACAAUAUACUAAAGCUAUUUAAGACACUGCAGACAUAGGUCAUUUCUUACAUUUUGAUGAGAAUGUACCUAGAUCCUGUUUCCCUGAAAGAAAUCGGUCAACAAUCAUAAACGCAAAAUGAAUUCUCGUCCUUGGUAUAUAUAUAUUGAAUAUACAUGAACAUAGUCAUGUUACGUUUGCGAUACACUGUGUAUAUUCCAUUAUAAGCAAGGAAUAGCAUUGAAAUAUCGAUGUUUUUUGUUCGUUUAUUACUCAUAUUUAAACAAGGGGCUUAUAUAUUGCAAGUGUUUCUGGAUUUACAUGAACUGUUAUUCAAAUGUACAUAUACACUAAAUAACUUACUGAAAUGCGUCCCACUUCAACAUAAAAUAACAUGCCCAUAUGCCAAACGUUUUAAAACUUUUUUGAGAUAAAUAAAUUGACAAUUAUUAGUGCAAUAAUAAUGUUACACAAUAAUUAAUACUUAUGUUCUCCUGUCAUUAGUUAGUGAAUAUAAUAUCCAUGACCGUCUUGUUUUUGUGCCAGUCUUGUUUGUGUGCCAGUUUGUUAUGACAGCCGGUUUCGUAUUUCUAUAAUUAUAUACUGGGUAGAGAUUUUGUGAUUGAAAUUUUUUCUCACUUCAUUUUAGUGCUUAAUACUGUGUCAAUUUUAUUAAUUAUCUAGCUGGUACAUAGACCAAUGGUAACUUAAAACUUCUAUCCCAUACUCUCUGCAUUAUAGUGGUAGUUUAGACAUAUUUCUACGGGCCGGGAAUAGUCUAUGUGCAUGUGUCAAUGUAAACGUCAAGACAAGGACAGCCAGGCGCCCACUUCACUUAUACAGUUGCAUAAAAUCACACAUUAAAGUUCACUAAAUUAGGAGUACAUCUACUUUCAUCUACUCUCUCUCUCUCUCUCUUUCUCUCUCUCUCUCUCUCUCUCUCUCUCUCUCUCUCCCUCUCUCUCUCUCUCUCUCUCCAGCAAUGAUACAUAUCGUGUACCUAUUUCUUAAAUGUUAAGUAAAAAUUCCACACUAUUUUGUUUUAGAAACAUCAUCAUCUAUAUCUUUGAAAGCAGCGUUGUUUUUGCCAGUCGAUUCAAUAAGUAAAAACCCGUUUGUUCUUGUUAUUUUUCAAUACUCUGUAGAAUGUAUACUAUUGUUAGCAUUGUUCUUACUAUAUUUGAAUUCACUAUUAUUUGAUUUCGUUAUUUAUAAGGUAUACUACUCAUGAUUGAUGUAUAUACUAU